AUGGUUAAGCGAACAGCUAUCGUCACUGGCUCCAGCCGGGGCAUUGGUGAAGCGAUUGCGCGCCGGCUGGCGAAGGAAGGAUACGCAGUCACCAUCAACGACAUCUCAGCCAACCAAGCCGGAAUCGACAAGUUGGUGGACGAACUGAACAAGACGUAUGGGUCCGGAACCGCGAUUGGCGUUGCUGCCGACGUGACCAAGUCUUCAGAUGUGCAGCGAUUGAUUCAAGAGUCGGUGGACAAGCUCGGCCCGUUGACGGUGAUGGUGGCCAAUGCCGGCAUCGCCCAGGUGGCGCCAGCAUUGGAGAUCUCAGACGAGGACGUGCAGCGGAUGUUCAACGUCAACUUUAUGGGUGUUUGGCUAUGCUACACGCACGCGGCGCGCCAGAUGAUCAAGCAGGGUCCCGUGCCCGAGGGUAGCAGCUCGUACAAGCUCCUUGGAGCUGCCAGCAUUGUCGCCUUCAAGCCAUUCCCCUUGCUCUCCCACUACAGUGCCUCCAAGUGGGCGGUGCGCGGCCUGUCGCAGGUCAUGGCUAUGGAGUUGGCCAGACACGGAAUCCGCGUCAACGCCUAUGCUCCUGGCAUCGUCGGCACGGCCAUGUGGGACUUGAUUGAUGAGAAGUUGGGCGAGAUCGAGGGUCGUCCCAGAGGCGAGACGGUCAAGAAGUACUCUACUGACUUGACUGCCCUUGGUCGGGUCAGUGUGCCUGAGGAUGUUGGUGAUGUCGUCGGUGGAUUCUUGGCGUCCAAGGACUCGGACUUUGUUACUGGACAGACGAUUGUCGUUGAUGGUGGAAUCGUCUUUACUUAA